AUGAACGGGACCGAGGGCAGCAACUUCUACAUCCCCAUGUCCAACAGGACUGGGCUUGUUAGGAGUCCAUACGAAUAUACACAGUACUACUUGGCAGAACCAUGGAAAUUUUAUGCACUUGCUGCAUACAUGUUUUUCUUGAUCUGCUUUGGCUUCCCCAUCAACGCUUUGACACUUCUGGUCACAGCUCAGAACAAGAAGCUCCGGCAACCUCUGAAUUUCAUCCUGGUUAACCUGGCUGCAGCUGGACUCAUGAUGGUGUGCUGUGGAUUUACAGUUUGUUUCUUCUGCUCUCUUAAAGGUUACUUUGCAUUGGGCCCUUUGGGUUGUGCCAUGGAGGGCUUCUUUGCCACACUUGGAGGUCAGGUAUCUCUGUGGUCCCUGGUGGUGUUAGCUGUUGAGAGAUACAUCGUGGUCUGUAAGCCCAUGGGCAGCUUCAAGUUUGGAAACAAUCAUGCUGCUAUUGGUGUUGCAUUUACCUGGUUCAUGGCAUCAACAUGUGCUGUCCCUCCACUGGUUGGCUGGUCCAGGUAUAUUCCUGAGGGAAUGCAGACUUCAUGUGGACCAGACUACUACACACUGAACCCUGCAUACAACAAUGAAUCAUUUGUUAUGUACAUGUUCUCUUGCCACUUCUGUAUUCCUGUCUUCACCAUCUUCUUCACUUAUGGAAACUUAGUGUGCACAGUCAAAGCGGCUGCAGCCCAGCAGCAGGACUCAGUCUCUACCCAGAAAGCUGAGAAGGAAGUCACACGUAUGUGUGUCCUGAUGGUCUUUGGUUUCUUGCUGGCCUGGGUCCCAUAUGCUAGCUUUGCUGCAUGGAUCUUCUUCAACAGAGGAGCUGCCUUCUCUGCUCAAGCCAUGGCUGUCCCUGCCUUCUUCUCCAAGUCAUCAGCCUUGUUCAACCCCAUCAUCUAUGUGUUGCUCAACAAACAGUUCCGGAGCUGCAUGCUGUCAACUAUUGGAAUGGGAAAUCUGGUUGAAGAUGAGACCUCAGUGUCCACAAGCAAGACAGAAGUGUCCACAGCAUAAAAUGGACAAAAGACGAUCCCUACAAUGGCAUCUUCAAUGUGUGGAUUGGCUACUUAGUCCCAGUAUUCACUUUGAUAAAUAAAAAUAUUUGCAUGGACAGUCUGCAUUUUUAUAAAUAUUGUUUCAUACUUCAUCAAGCUAAAUACAAUUUGAAAUUAUUCUCCAUUAUUUUGCUGGUGUAAAAAGGGAAGUAUUGCACAUGGGAAAGGCUGUCAUACAUGAAAGUAACUCACAAGAAAGGACACAACCUGAAGGUGAACCUCAACUGGCAUUUGUUUAACCUCUCUUUGCACUGCUUUCACUCUUGAGAUCUGUUUGCCUCCAUGAGCUGUAAUAUUCAACGGUGGCAGUAAGCUCUAUGCUUAAGAGGAGCACAAGCUGAUUUCAACUAAACAGGUCAGGUCAUAUUUCAGAGGAGACAUGCCUCUGCCACCAGUAGUACAUUUAAACAGGUGAAGACAUGCUGUUGUGCACCAUCUUGCUCUGUGACAGGUUUUGAUGAAUCUUUAUUUUUAUGUUUAUGCUAUUUCUAGGUUGACCAAAUACUGUAAAUAUUUUAUAAAAACAACAAAAUAUGUAACUAGA